CCCGCAUUCUCUGACAUGGAGAAUUUUCAUGCUCAAUAUGUGAUGCUAGAGACUCUUGGCCAUGGAGGCUGUGCCAAGGUGAACCUGGCCCGGCACCGCCUCACAGGCACCCACGUGGCUGUCAAAAUGUUUCAAAAGAGGAAGUAUUGGUGCAACCUUCUCAUGUCUGAGAUACAGUUAAUGAUGAUGGCAGAUCAUCCGAAUAUCAUCUCUCUCCUUCAAGUCAUUGAGACCAAGAAGAAUUUAUACCUCAUUAUGGAGUUGUGCGAGGGCAAAACACUUUACCAACACAUCCGAAAAGCUGGUUACCUGCAGGAAGAUGAAGCACGCAAAUUAUUCAAGCAGCUCUUAAGUGCUAUGAACUACUGCCACAACCAGGGUAUAGUUCACAGGGACCUGAAACCGGACAAUAUUAUGGUAGAAGAAGUUGGGAAAGUGAAGAUCAUUGAUUUUGGACUUGGCACCCACGUGAAGUCAGGGCAAAAACUCAACUUAUACUGUGGGACUUACCCAUUUAGUGCUCCUGAGGUGCUCCUUAAAAGACCCUAUGAUGGGCCCAAGAUCGAUGUAUGGACUCUUGGAGUUGUGCUGUAUUUUAUGGUGACUGGAAAGAUCCCAUUUAAUGCAGCCAGCAAACAAAAGCUGCUAAAGAGAAUUGUUGCAAGAAAGUAUUCUUUUCCCUCUAGACUGUCAGUAGAGCUUUGUCUACUGAAAAAACAGAUUCUUAGGCAAUGUGACAGGCCAACCCGGGCUUGGCCUGUGAAUCCAUCGGUGACCCCAUUCCCUUCCCUUGUUGAUACUGCUACUUUCCAUCUCAGACUUCGGAGGAGUGAGACUAAACCCAGAUGUCCCUGGUCAUCCACCAAUAGGCAAGUGUCUGUCUGCUGCAAGAGUACUAGUAGGAAAAGAGACAGAAGAGUCAGUUGGCCCGGUGGUCUCCCCAGGCCACUCCACACAACACCCACAAUGGACCACACACAUACCCAUACUAGGAGUGUACCCUGCAUUUACUCAAUGUUUUGCAGAAUCCCCCCAAAGAGCAGCGAUGAGAGUACAGAAGGCCACACCUCAGCCUCAGCAGCAGAUAAGCCUGUCCACAGCAGGGGCUGGCCCAGAGGCAUCAGGGGGUGGACAAGGAAGAUAGGAAAUGCGAUGAGGAAGCUCUGUUGCUGUAUCCCAUCAAAAAAGACAUCUCACGUGGGGCAGAACAGAGUCUCCCCCCAAAAAUAAGACACAGGAAGAGUGUCAGGAAAACAAGCAUCCGGCACAGCCCAGAAGAUCACCAGAGGAUGUCGGAUGCUAUGAUUCUACAGUUAUAGUAUUGGAAAGGACCCAUGUAUAGACAUGGACCUGCAAAAGGGAAACUUGUGGAAAGGCAUCAUGUUCUGGGUUCAGCGUGCAUCACUCAGAGCCCCGAGUCCAACCAAGUAGGAAGAAAGCAAAUGAUGAAAUCCCAGAUGGCCUCUGGGAUCACCAUCAGAGCAGGGGCUGAAAGCCUGUGCAAAGCUGGUAGAGACAGAAGCCCU